GGAGAGUUUAAGUGGUGGUUGUGAGUACUACGCACCCAGUAUAGCCAGUUGACAGCUUGUCAAGUAUCGUAUACGGCGCGCGAGUACGGAGAGAUAUUAAUAGUUUAAUACCAUGGAAAUUUAGACGUAAUUUUCAGAACCACUAUGAGGAGGAAACAGUUCAGACCGGGGAAAACUGCCGGGGAGCAAUCCACUGUGAUACAGUCUGUCCAAGACAAGACUGCUCCUUUGGCCGCCAAAACCAGAGUAAUGGGAAUGCAGGAAGAAGAUAUGGAAGAUGACGAUGAAAAAAAUAACAAUCCUCCUACGUACAUUAUGCAUAAAUUCCAAAAGGAUUCCCCAUUGGAGAACGAACUUGACCUCGAAGCCGACAGACUAGUGGUGAACGAAUCUCAUUCAAACACAGCUAGUCCUGUUGAAGUCUCCCACAAUAGUGUUGCUAGUCAUAGCCCAUCAGGAAAGUUAAAGUUAAGCUGUUCAUCACCACCAGAGUUCAUUAAGACCCAAUCGAUACCAAUGCCAGUUUUGGCUGAUAUCGGAGAGGAUUGUGAGUCAAACGACACCAAUUUCAGCCGCUACGAGGGAAAUCUGGAGAUGGUUUCCGAGGUCGCAAUGUCUCCGCAUCAGAGCGAGAUUAAGCCUAGACCUCCAUAUAAAGGCACCAUGGUCCAGUGCGGAAAGCUGAAGGACUAUCUCGAUAUGCUCCCCACUUUUAACAGGAAAUGCAUGCUGAGAAAAGGCAGAGAGGUGCACAAAAUAUACGUCGACAUGACAAAGGGGGAAACGUUCUUAGAUGACCAAUUUGUCUACACGGAAUUCGGAAAGAUGGUUUUGACCAAUGGGAGCAUAAGGGCCGGACGAGCGAAAAACGCUAAACAGAUUGUGGUGGCCCGGGAGACACUGUAUUGUAGCGGAACCUCUGCCUGCAAAAGGGCUUGUGGGGGAUAUGGGAACUGCUUGUCUGGCUGUGACAAGACAAAGAUGAGGGGCCAUAGGUGCUCUUAUCGGAUCAAGCUCACCCAGAGGCUUGGCUUCGUGAACCACUGGUUCGUCGAGGAGCUUGGCAGCCAUGACCAACUUCACGGAAAAGACAGUGAUUUCAAGGUCAACUCGCAAAUGGCAUCAGCACUUCAAGAACCUGGUUCCGGUGAUUUUUCAGGUCAGCUGAAGUUUAAAAUAACAAACAUCUCUGCGAAGUCACCAAGAAAACUUGCUCCAAAACCAAACAAGACGCCAUCGCCAGAGAGAGCGUCGGACAGGACUAAAGAGGACAUGAACACCUCAGAGACGCUGGCAGAUUCCCAACCAGCCUACAAUUAUGUCCUAGGUUCCCUGUCCAAUGGCCACUCUUCUUUAGACAGUUUGUCCUCGGUCAAAUCUGUAUCUAGUCAACCUUGUUACAAAUAUGACCAUUCAAAUGACAUAUCGACAAAUGUGUCAUCUAGUCAACCACAGAAUACAAUAGACUUAAUUAAAACGGCUGUUUCUUGCUUGGCGCAAACGUUUAGCCAAGACUUGCCGUCAGUUUCUUCCACAAGUGCCAUGAAUCCUUUGCUACAAGCGAAUCUCAUUAACUAUAUGACCACAAUGUCUCAGUUUGGCCUCGCAGGGGGCUCUCUUUUACAAAAUGGUGCUGUUAACCCUUUUCUAGUCAACAUUAAACAGGAGCCUGGAAGUAAUGACAUGGAGGGUCACAAUUUUCUUCCAUUUCCACAUCAUUUGGGCGUGAUUCCAACACCCAUCCAGUUUAUGCCUAGUCAGAUAGCCAGAGCUAGUCAGCCACGAAAGAGCCACAGUCCUUCACCUUCAAGGUCUUCGGACCACGGUCAAAGUCAAGGACAAAGCAGGGAAUGGUCACCUAUGAACCGUGAUCAAAUGCCACCUGGUCAGUUGCAGAAGGUCAUGGAAAUCGAAGCGAGGAUUAAGUCAGAGACGUCUAAUAAGGUGCAAGCGCAUCAAAAGACGCUAGGACAGGUACAUACUCGCAUAAUGGAGCGUGUUAAGAGUAGAAAGAGCUCGCAUACCCAGUGUGUUCCACAAAAACAAGAUGAGAAUGUAAUGGACCUUUCGAAGAGCUCAGUUGUGGUGAAUCAUUGCCAAAAUCGUGCCAUGGAAAAUUCUAGUCUAAAAAGUGGUGCUAGUAAAGCUUUGAAUAAAGGCGAGGAGCAGUGCUCCAUAUCCUCCACAGCAUAUCAAAGACUUCAGACAUUGAGUCACAUCAUUCAAAGCGAAGCCUUUCAGAACGCUAAAAACCAACUUGAAAAGAAACCUAUUGGACAAUGGAACGGACACGGGGAAGAUACAGCGUUGAAUUUGAGCAAAAAAACUAUUGUCCCAAGCACUCGAGAAAACAACGAUCAACAGCAAUGCUAUUUCAAACUCGCAGAGGCAUGGAGAAAUGGGAUAUCCCUGGGACCUUCUGACCUGCUCAAUGGAAAGAUUUGUCAAGGAGCCGACAGGCCUGGAGCAAUUGAUGACCAGAAGAGAAAGGUCAAUGGUCACUUGGGUAAAGUUGAACUGGACAAACUGGCUGUGAAUCCCCAUGUACCCUCUCAGCGGGAAGAGGAACUUAUGACGAGAGUGCGGCAGUUGGAGGCGCAAGUGAAGCAGCUUCAGAACUCCAUGGUGGAGAAAACUGCUGGUGUUGCUGUGGCUGAGGUUGGCACUAGUAAACGGAAGAAGGCUCCACGGCAGAUUGAUUUUACAAAAUUCAAUACUCGCCACGUAGCUCUAAAGGUGAUGUAUCUUGGUCACGACUACACAGGCUUUGCUGGAAUAUCCGAUGAUGAGCACACUGUUGAGCGCGCCGUCAUGGAAGCACUGGUGAAGUGCAAGCUCAUUGAGUCCAAGGAAACAGCAUUUUACACUCGCUGUGGUAGAACAGACAAGGGAGUCAGUGCCUUUGGGCAGGUGUUGUCACUUGAUCUCCGUAGCAACCUGUUGUCAGGUGUUGGGGUCAAGGUCAGGGAAGGGGGGACAGCCCAUGAGAGAACAGGUGACAAGACCACAGAGAUCAGGUACUGCCAGAUCCUCAACAAGAACCUACCCCCGGAGAUACGAGCCCUGGCCUGGGCCCCUGUGGACCCUGACUUCAGUGCCAGAUUCAAUUGCAACAAGAGAACAUACAAGUACUUCUUUCCCAGGGGAAACCUCAAUGUAAAGUUGAUGGAGCAAGCAGGACAAAAACUGGUCGGGGAACAUGAUUUCCGUAACUUCUGCAAAAUGUCAGUGAAAGAUGGCGUUAUAAACUACGUACGCAAGAUCCUGGAGGUGCAGAUCAAGCCUUUUGAAGACUCAGACGACGGGUUCACUAUGUACGAACUCACAAUCGUUGGCCAAGCCUUCCUGUGGCACCAGAUCAGAAGUAUAUUUGCAGUGCUUUUCCUGGUGGGUAAAGGGAAGGAAUCCAUUGAGGUAGUGGAGGAGCUACUUAAUGUGACGAAGAACCCCAGAAAGCCCCAGUUCAACAUUGCAUCCGACAUUCCACUGUGCCUGUAUGACGCUGACUUUGGGGACCAGUUUGAGUGGGUAUAUGAGGCAGAUUGGCAAGAGGACAAUAUAAAAUGCCUUCAACAGCUGUGGGCGGAACAUGCCAUUAAGGCAGCCAUGGUGAAAAGCAUGCUGAAUGAUCUGGACAGGGCCAAGGUUGAAACUGAGUGUGACAUUGCACCAUGGUCGGACCUCAGUCCUCCUGUGUUGCACCAGGCAGAGUGGUUACUGUUAGACAAGUUCAACAAGCCUCUCUUGCAGAGGCAGGGUGGAUUGACCUUAGAAGAGCAGAUAGCCAACAACAGGGACCGACUGACUGAGAGAGGCAUAGAUUUGGAAAACAAGAAUUCUGCUGAUUCGUGCGACGAGAAUGAGGAUCCUCCUGCUGCAAAAAGACCAAGAUUGGAGGAGGGCAAAGGUUCAGAGGUCGAAAAGUCGCGUGAGCAGGUGGUUGAAAAAGGAAAAGCCGAAGGUCAAGGUGGAGAUGUAGGGAUUGUAAGUCAAGAUGACAAUGGUAAAAUGGUCAAAAGUAAAGGUGAAGAUAUGAGGUUCAAAGGGGACUUAGAAGACGAAAAGGUUCAAGUAGAACUUGAAGAAGAUAAAGUUGUUCAAUAUAUUGUUGAUAAAGAUAAAGUGUGGAAUGCUGAUGACAAAUAUGUGAACAAUGAUGUGAAAUGAUUUUCUGUUUUUUCUGUUAGUGCUUCCAGAGGUCUUUGUAAAAUUUACAGUGUAUCAACAAAAAAGAGCAGUUCUUUGUUGUUAGGAGUUGGUGAUAAAAAGGUUUUGUGUGCAUAUCCUUUAACUCAUUUAAAUUAAUUGGCAAGUGUGCAUAUAUACAAUUGAAUUUCGUUAGUCUCUGAAAUACAAUGUUUGUUUGUUUUUAUUUAUAAAUAAUUUUGUCUUUAUUUUUAAUAAGACGUUCAGAAACUAGUCAACUGGCUAUUAAUUUUUUUUUACAUAUAUUUUGAUUUGAAGGCUAUCAAAGACAACUGUACUACUUCAACUACUUCUAAUCUAACUACUUCAAAUUUUGUCAUAGCUUGAAUAAAAAAAUGUGUAUGUAACACAUUAAAGAGCAACAAAGAUUGAAUGCAGGUUAUUUAAACAUUAACAAUUUGUAGCACUGCAAUUUUAUCUUGACCAUUGGCAGCCUUGGAGACAACAGAAAACCACCUUUACACUGAACAAGCUGUAAGAUCUUUUCAAAAGGUGGGAAAACUUCAGGUCAAGGGUCGAGACGGCUGGUUGUAAUGAAGGGCGCAAUAAGUACUAUGAAGCUAGUUUAAUGUGUGAUGUAAGGAUGGAAGGAUUUAGAUGUAAGGAUGGAAGGAUUUAGGCAAGAUUCAAGCAAAGAAAUUAUUAAGCCUGGCUCUGGGAAAAGGGGGUUUCAUGCAUGUGCAUAAAGUAUCAUCCCAGAUAAGUCUGUGCAGUCCGCACAGGCUUAUCAGGGAACUUAACGCCUAAAUUGAGGGUUUCUUUUUAAAAAAAAAAUCAUUAUAGUGGCAAGUGUCAUCCCUAAUUGUCAUUACUAAUCUGGGACGACACUUUACGCUCAUCCAUUAAACCCCCUUUUCACAGAGAACAGCCCAUCUUUAUGAAGUACACUUGGUGUACGUUUGUUGGAUUUGUAGGGGUAUUUGUUCUCCAAAUGUGGAUGAAAUUCUCAUCGAUGAUUAAGGAAACAAAUCUGCGCUUAUGAGAAAUGUUGUAAAUUGUUAAUGGUUUCAAAAAGAAUUUAGCAAAGUUGUAAUAGCUAUCGUCACGACCAAUUAAGUAUUACUAUGGAUAUAUUUUUAUGUCCCCCACCACUACAGUGUGGGACAUAGUGUUUUUGCCCUGUCUGUUGGUUGGUUGUGUGUUUGUUUGCUCCAACUUUAACAAUUUGCCAUAACUUUUGCAAUAUUGAAGAUAACAACUUCAUAUUUGGCAUGCAUGUGUAUCUCAUGGAGCUGUACAUUUUGGGCGGUGAAAGGUCAAGGUCAUCCUUCAAGGUCAAAGGUCAAAUAUAUAGCUUCAAAGCGGGGCAUAAGGGGACAUAGUGUUUCUGACAAAUACAAAUCUUGUUAUAAACCAGUUUUUUUAGGAGGAUCUGUUUUUUUCAUAAUUCUCUCAGAAAAUACAUCAGUUGUUUCAAACUACAUGGCCAAUAAUUGUUAAGUAAAUAUAGAUGGUGCAUUGAGGUCAAAGUUAACUUAUUUUGAAUUUGUUUAAAAAAAAUUGUUAUUGUAAAGAUCAGAGCAGAUGUGUUAAUGCCAUUUUUAGGAUCAUAUAAAUGUUUAAGAGAUUUGUAUUUGUACUUGAAGAAAAUUUGUUAAUUCUUUUUAUGCCUCUGGUAGGGUGGCACAUAGCAGUCGGACUGCCCUUUCUGUCAGUCCAGUCUGUCCGGCAUUUUGUUUUCUGGAGUUUAUUUUACAAAAUGCUUUCAGAUGUGUACUUGAUUUUUUGGUGUGUUAGUCUAUCUACAUGACUUAAAGAUGGCAUGUGAGUUUUGUUUCGGUCCAUUGAUUUUUGGUGGCAUGUGAGUUUUGUUUCGGUCCAUUGAUUUUUGGUGAACUUUUUAGCCUUGGACUUCAAAAGUUUUUUUUACUCUUUCAGAUAUUGAUAGCUGAAAGAGUUGCGUAAAAAAAACUUUUGAUGUUUUGUGUGUGAGUCUAUCUGCAUGACUUAAAGUUUAAGUCUGCAUUUCGUUGAUUAUGUUGCAUUGAUUUUUAGUAAAGUUGGACAGUGUUUUUGUAAAAUAGCUACUUGCUUUGCAUUUUCAAAGUGUAGAUGGGUGUCAUUGUGUUUCACAAGCACAGGUUUAAAUCUGGUUUCUUUGUGACAGAGAGAAAUGAAAUUUUAUUUAUUGAUUCCCUUAAAAUAUUAGAAUUACAUAAACAUGUUACGUCAAGUAAUGAAGUAAUAGCUUUUUGAAAGUUUUAAAUGAAAGGUUUGUAUACAAUAUUAAUGUAAUGUUAUACUAUUGCAGAUGGAGGAUUGAUGUAGUGUGAUUGCAUUUAUGUAUUUGUCUUUCCCAAAAGGGAAUAUUUUUUUGGAAAAAAUUGCUUGUUUCUAAGUCAGUAUUCAUGAUCAGUAAUGUUGAUACAUUUUGUGAAUGCAAUGCUGUGGAUGUUUUUCCAAAACGAAACCAUACAAAGCAAUAACCAUAUGAGCAUUUGUCUGAGAAAACAGGGCGUAAUGCAUGUGCUGAAAGUGUGGUCCCAGAUACCAUUAAAAUUGUUGUCUGGGGGACACUUUAUGGUCAUGCUUUAUGCCCCAUUUUGUCAGAAGGAGGCCCAUAGAAAUUCUUGGUGCUAUUGAGAGAAAAAAAUUUCAUUAUUUGCCACUUUACUCCUCACAUUUUUCACAUUUUUAUCAUCAUUCAUACUCAAUUUUUAUGGGGUUCGUGACAAAAACAUAUAAGUAUACGUACAGUGCAUGUAUAGUUUACGAAUAUGUAUUAUAGCUAGUCAUUAAUUUGUUUGAUUGUUUGCUGCCAAAUCUUGCUUUUAAAUUAUAUUGCAGCUUUUUUAGACAGUGAAUCUGUUCUUGUUAUAAUUUUCAGACAGUCUAUUGUCAGUUAUAAAUGUUCGUGAAUGUGCUAUGAUAGGGUCAAGGUUCCAAGGUGCUUACAUUUAUAUUUUGUCAGUUCAAAUGAGUGCAUUUACUAUAUAGUUUUUCAAAUACAGUUUUAUUGCAUUUAUAUGUGGGGAUUUAAGUUAUCAAAGGGAGAGAAGUCAAUUCCAAAUUGGGAUGUUUUAGUCAGACAAAAGUAUCACAUGUUUUUUUCUCUUGUAUAUUUUAUUUAGAUUCUUCUAAAUACAGUGAUUUGUAUUACUCAAGGGUUCUUUAAGAGUAAGUGUUUUGUUACUUUGUGUUACAGAUAUAUUAAAUGUUUUUGCAUCAGUGCUGACAGGGUUAACUGUGUUACCAAUGAAGUAAUAAAGUAUAGUUAUUUUCUCAUUUAUGUUUCGUAAAUUAUGUGUUGUAAAUAUGUAACUUGUUGAUUGUGUGUUCUUAAUGUUGUUUUUCAAUUCCAAACUGAGGCAUAGAUGUCACAUGUGCAAAAAUUAAUGUAUGUUGUAACAACAUAUAAGCAAGCUGAAUAAGUUCAUAUUAAGGUUAGUUAACUAGCUUAUUUAAGACAUGUUAAUGAAAAAAAAUUGUAGAAAUUAUGUAAUUUUAUUAAGUUAUGCACAUGAGAUAAUUUUAAUCUUAAUGACUGACAAAUAUAUCGCCCCUUGGUGCAAAAAGGUACCAUGUGCUUUCUAAUUUCAAUGUCACAUUGUAACUUUUUGCUCCAAUAGGGUAUUAACUUGUAAUAAAUCAUUGAAAUAUUGUAUUUAAUCGUGCAAACAUGAUAUUGAUCUUGAGCGAUAUAGAGAUUCCGAAAAAAGCAACAACAACAAAAUCCAUUUGCAAUUACCAAAAUAAUAUGCACAUGUCAUAUCUCCGUCUUGUAAUUCCUUGUAAAUAUUAUGUACAUGAAGAUGUGAUGUCUAGAGCUGUUGUUUUGUGCUAUAUGUCUAACAGGGUUUUAGCACCUGCAUUGCUUGGUCCAAGGGUAAAUACUGUGUUAUACUCCUUCAACCUUGUAUAUGUUUUAUUAUAAUGUAAAUUGUUAUGAUCUGUUACUGAUCUAUGUUCAGAUAUACUUUAGUUUAUAAUUUAAUUUAUAUGACUGGAAGGGUGGGUGUAAUAUUAUUUAAUAGAUAACUUUUUCAUGAGCUCUUUAGUCUAGUUUGCCAGUAGUAUUGUAUUUUUUCUUUGGUCAAUUGAUAUGAACGUGUCCACUUGUAAGAAUACAAAACAGACUGGUGCUUAUUUUGAUUAUUGUUCAAUAUAUGAGCUACCUUGGAACAUCGGGGUUUAUGCAUGUACGUGAAGUUUUGUUUCAGAUUAGACUGCAGUCUGCAUUGACCAAUCUUGGCUGACACUCUCAGCCCUCUCAGCCUAUACUGUAAAAGUACAUAAUAUAGGAAAGUGUCAUCUCAUUUCAGCCUGUGUAGUCAGCACAGGCUUAUCUGGGAUGAAACUUAAUGCACAUGCAUUAAGCCCAGUAUUUCUAAAGUGCUGCCCAUAAACAUUUGAAUCGUGUUCUGAGAAAACUGUGAAUAAUGCAUGUGCAUAAAGUGUCAUCCCAGAUUAGCCUGUGUAAUCCACACAGGCUAAUCAGGGACGACACUUUCCCCUUUUAUGGCGUUUUUUGUUUAAAUGAAGUCUCUUCUUAGCAAAAAUCAGAUUUAGGUGGAAAGUGUUGUCCCUGAUUAGCGUGUGUGGACUGUACAGGCUAAUCUGGGACGACACUUUACGCACAUGCAUUAUGUCCAGUUUUCUCAGAAAGCAACUCAUUUUAUAUCUUACUUGAUACUGUUACGGUGUGUGUGUGUGUUCUUAUGUGUGUGUCAAACCAAUGUUGUAUCUCAUACAUAUUUUGGUCGAUUUUUUUUUUGUCAAGGUGUACAAUUUAUUUGUAUUUAUUGAUACUCUUUGUUCAAAAUCUUGUGGAAGAAUUGUUCUUGAAAAGUUCAUUAAUGAUUUUCCGAUAUCUUUUAGAAAACAAAGUUAUGUUGACGUGUCUGUUUGCAUUUAAAUAAUUUAAGACUUUCAAUUAAUUUCCCGAAGAUUUCAUAUACCUGUAAAGAUGUUGUUUUUAAUCUGAACAAUUGCAAUUUCAAGAGAACAACAACACAGGCAUACAAAUCAACUUACAGGCAAGGUUACAAUUCAAAAACCAGCAAAUAAAUACCACCAUACUUACACUGUAAUCUUAAAUGUGCUAUAUUAGAUAUAAGUUGAUGAUGUACCACUGGUGCUUUGUUAAAAUGUACUAACUGGUGUGCUGUUGAAAAUAGCACCAGCAAAGUAUAGGAUAUUCGUUGCACUAAUAAAAGAGAAGAAUAAAAAUAAAAGAAGUUAAUUUGAUUUCAUGGUGACUCACAGUGAGAAUUUAGUGUUUAUAUGUUGUUCCUUUUAACUUAAUCUAUUAUCAGAUAGGACAGUACAGGUUUAGACCGCAAUUGAAAUUUUCAGUAUAAGGAGAGAAACUUUGUUAGUUGUGUUUCAAUCCCUUUCUUUCAACAAUUCAAUUGUGUCUUAAUAUAGACAUUUAAUAUGCAAAAAAAAAGUUCAAACAUAUUUUACAUCGUUUUUAUGUAACUUACAAUUAAAAUACAUGCUUCAUGAUAUUAUUAUUGUAAUAUAUAUUAAAUGACAUGACAUCAGAUUUGCUUUCUUAACUCAACUUAAAUGAUCUCACUUGGCUAAUUAUUUGUAUGUGAAUACUUUGAAAUCUUGAUUAAGAUUUAUAAUGAGUGCUUUGUUUUACUCUAUUGAAUAGAUAUAUCUAAUUUUUCUUAAUGUUUGUACAGUUUACCAUUAAUCAAUUAUAGAAAGAAACAACCUGAAAUCUUGCCACUGUUUAAGAUAUAGAAUAAGUGUUUUGUUUUACUCUAUUGAACAUAUAUUUGCUUAAUAUUUGCACAUUUUACCAUAAAUAAGUUAUAGAAAGAAACAACCUGAAAUCUUGCCACUGUUUUAGAUAUAGAAUAAGUGUUUUUGUUUUACUCUAUUGAAUAUAUAUAUUUGCUUAAUGUUUGCACAUUUAACCAUAAAUAAGUUAUAGAAAGAAACAACCUGAAAUCUUGCCACUGUUUUAGAUAUAGAAUAAGUGUUUUGUUUUACUCUAUUGAAUAUAUAUAUUUGCUUAAUGUUUGCACAUUUUACCAUAAAUAAGUUAUAGAAAGAAACAACCUGAAAUCUUGCAACUGAUUUAGAUUUACAAGAAGUGCUUUGUUUACUCUAUUGAAUAGAUAUAUACAUGACUGUUAUUAAUAAUUUCAAAUACUUUUAGCAAAAUUAAACCGAUAAAAGAUGUGCAGGAUAUAAAAUAACCUUAAUGCUGUAGUUGGAGGCAAAUCUUUUAGAGAUAGCAAAUCAUUAACUUUAAUAUGAAAAUAUGGAAUUAAUAAUAAGCAUUAUUAUCCCCCGCCAUAGGCGGAGGGAUAUUGUUUUGGCGUUGUUGGUCCGUCCGCCUUUCCGUCUGUCCUUCCGUCCGUCCUUCCGUCUGUCCGGCACUUUUGUGUCCGGAGCUAUAUCUUGUAAGUGCUUUUGGCGGAUUUCAAUGAAACUUGUUAUUAGUACAUAUAUGGAUAAGAGGAUGAUGCACGCCUAAUGGCAUUGUACACCAUCUGUUAAUAACAGAGUUAUGGCCCUUUGUAUCGUGGAAAAAUGCUUUUUUGUGUCCGGAGCCAUAUCUUGGAAGUGCUUUGGCGGAUUUCAUUGAAACUUGGUAUGAGUAUAUAUAUGGAUAAGAGGAUAUUGCACGCCAAAUGGCAUUGUACACCAUUGGAUUAUAAAGGAGUUAUGGCCCUUUGUAUCUUGAAAAAAUGCUUUUUUGAGUGUCAAAUAUAACACUUUUGUGUCCAGAAGCAUAUUUGCGGGGAAUAUCAAUUCAACGAAUUUGCUUGUUUAUUACAGAGUUAUUCCUAAAUCUUAUUCUGUCAGAUGUUGCUUGUGGUUUGUUUUCCUUAUUGGGGUAAUUAAAAAGUUCUCCUCAAAAUUAUAUCUGUUUCAAGGAAAUAAUUUUUAUUCCAUUAGUUGCUCAUAUGUUUUUUAGGAAAUAAAUAGAUAAACCUAGUGCUUACUUUUUUCCGAGUAUAUUUAGCUAAUCUGAGCUUAUUUCAUUCAAGAUUGAAAGAAACUCGUGCAAGAAAUGUGCAUGGUAGUUCUUCAACUAACUCUAACUUACUAAAACAAUUUUAAACUGUUUUAGAAAUAGUAUUAAAUGACAUUUUUUAUCCUAUAUGUGUCAUAUUUGUUGGUUUGGAUCAUUUAGUCUUCCAGAAUACUCUAGGGCCUGUUUUAUUUGCCAUCUUAAGCCUGGUUAGAUUGAAACCCUGCGACAUUGAAAAAGCCCCCUCUGGGAAAAAUGAGCUAACACCAUGUGUGUAAAGUGUCAUCCCAUAUUAGCCUGUGUGGUCUGCACAGUCUUAUCAGGGAGAACACUUUCCGCCUAGACUAGUUUUUAUUUGAGAAGUACCAUUUAACUACCGUUUAACUAAAAAUUCCAUGAAAUACGAAAGUAUUGUCACUGAUUAGCCUCUGCGGAGUGCACAGACCAACUUGGUAGUCUACCAAUGGUAGAUACUUUACGUACAAGCAUAAGGCAUUAUAGAAAUGUAACAGAGAGAAGCUGCUAUAGCUGGUCAAACUCAUUCAUUUGUGAAAGUAAACAUCAUUUCAUCAAACUUUGCGGUAAGUUUGUAAAAGUAUCUUAAUUAUUUAAAUGAGUUUUUUUUUUAUUUGUUAAAUAAGGUUGUAUUCUGUUAAAAUUGGGGUAGGAUACAGUUUAUUGUGCUAAAUGAAAUAGUGACCUGUUUUAUAGUCAAAGUCUAGUCAAGUUAUUGUAAUGUAGUUGUUGUUGACAGUGUACAUGUAUAUGUUUUUGUAAUGUAGUUGUUGUUGACAGUGUACAUGUAUAUGUUUUUUAUAUUCAAAUUUUAUUGUUUGGGUUUUGGUAAAGUUUUACUUUGUUGCCAUAUUUUUGUUAAAUGAAUUGUGAAGUUUGAACAUUCCAAAUUACAUUUCCUUUUCUGACAGUUGUAGAUCUUUUCAAAUACAUUUUAGUCAUGUUUUUGCGUGAAUAUUACAGAUAUAACAGCUUUUGCUUUUGAAUUACUUAAUGGUUAAAGCAAUGACUCACUUUAACUUUUAUUUCAUUUUGUUUUAUUAUGGAUACAUUUUCUGAUGUUUGUUGAUAACUAUAUUUUAUGAAUUGCUUAUUACAUGAAAAUGCAUGAUUUAUCAUCAUAGCAUCUAUAAUUGUCCAUUUUAAGAGUUAUUCAAAGAUACGAUCUCCUUUCAAGGUGAACUAAGUAAUAUUUUAAUUGUGCAAAUUAGCGAAUGGUAGGCAUAGAAACAUGUUUCAUAUAAUCUUUUUUUCAACCAAAGCUCAAGAAGUUUCAGUAUGUUUUUUGGUUAAAAAUGAGAGAAAGUAAACCAGGAAAGCAUUUAACCAAUUAAAAUAUGAAUUUAUGUUUUGUUCAUACAUCUUAUUUGAGGUCUCAUGUUUACAACAUUAUGUAUAUAUUUUGCAAUCUGAAACUUAUAAGUUUUUCAAUUUUUUUAUUGGUCAUCUUAUUGAUUUUGUUUCACCCUUUUUCAUUUUAGUCAUAGAGUUUGUUGAGCCAUUUUAUAUGUUUAACAAUAUUGUGUCUUUUGAAUAAUAAUAUAACAUUCCAUAUUGUAUGGAUACACUUUGAAUAAAUGCUGCUUAGGGAUGCAGGAUUUACAUGUAUUAAUACCUAAACAAAAGUUAUUAAUUGAUAAUUUCAAAAUUUAGGCAUUUUAUGAAUUAAAAAAAUAAAUUUAUGUUGUGAAAUAGAAAUUGGGCGAAAGAAACUUAAGAAAAAUAUUAUCAGGAAAGAAUUCUUCAAAACAUAUGCAAGGCUUUAAUUAAUGACAAGUUGCAAAGUGCUAACUAAAUAAAAGUGAUUAAUUAUAGUUUCUCUUCCUUUUUGUGAAUUUAUUUUCCCAAUUCUGUUCAUGUUCUUCAAUACAGCUGUAUAAUUUUAUAAGUUGUAUCUACUCAUAUUUGUUGUGUUAUUGUUUCCCUACAUGAAAAUGACAUGGUCAUUGUUAUAAGUUUGUAAUUAUACAUGAAACUGUUAUGUAUACAUUAAAUGUGUUCAUAUGAAAGACAAAAUUUUGGACUAAUAUUAUUUAUAAAAUGUUAUAUAUUAAUUGGUCACUUUGAUAUAUAAUGUGUGUCUUUAUAUAAAUAAACUCUUGUAUUUUUAAGUUUUUGUCAGGUAUUUAAGCAUUAAAGUAAUGGUCUCGAAUUUAAACAACAGAUACAAUAAAAAUAAAAUCUCUUAUUGAAAACAUGUUUUAGAAAAUUAUGUAUUUAAUAAAAAUAAAUAGUGAAACGAUAA